CGACUCAGUAUAUACGAAUAAAAGCGCCGUGUAAUCGUAGUCAGUGUGCGAAAUGCGCGAAACCCGCGAAACAUGCAGCACGCACUGCUCCAAAGCGCUGCUCUAUAGAAGAUAAAGUUAGCGGCCAAGCGGCGGCGGCGAGGGUCUCGAUUGUUUUUUUUGUGUACUUUGUUCUUCGUAAUUCGUAACUAAUGUCUCAGAAAUUCAGCACACUAACCUAAAAGUUCACGUAAACAAUCCGAAUUCAAUCUCAAAAAGUCAGGACAUUUGUAAUCAAUUCUUUUCGUUGAACAAAUCCUAAUGGGAAUAUUUGCUAGAAUGAAAGCUCGUAGGAAAUCGAGAAACGGGUAAUCUAGAUCAAACAAUAAAAGCUUGAAAAAAUAGUGAAGUGUUACCCGGCUAGUGACACCGACAAUCGAAAGAAAAUGGAAGGACUGGAUAAAAAAGUUCUCGAGUCAAGCGCGAUAAUCUACGAUAAUGCACGGAAAAAGUAUGUCUGUCCAUUGUGUAAAAAGAAAAAGGUAAAGAUUUUCAGAGAAACGCAUUUGAAAUCAAGCCGACACACAACCAGACUGAAUGCUUUCAACAGUGUUUUUCUCAUAAACGGUAGACAACCGUUAUGCAAAUUUUGUAACAAGAAAUUGCAGUGGACGCAGGUCCAGGAUCAUUUAAAAUUUCAUAAAGUACUACCAUAUUGGGUACCCGAGGAUAGAAACCAAAGAUUUGUUGCAAAUUUUAUGACGCGUGUAAACAGCCUAUAUCAUUGCCACUUGUGCGACAAAGUAUUGAAAAAUAGCACUGAUGCUUGGGGCCACUUAGAGAAUGAGCUUCAUUUGGAACUUGGAAAAAAAAUUGGAGAUUGUCGGCUUGAAAAACAGUGGGAUAUUCGUUGCAAUACAUGGCUCAUUCAUGGAAUUACUCCGACCCUGAAAAAAAAAAUAGAGUGUCGGAUAUGCAAUGAAACAAUGGAACCCAGUGAAGCUGAUCAGCAUCUAUUAUCACUUUGCCACACUCAAAAAAAAUUAUUAUAUCGUCAUGAGGUUCUUAAGCGUGGGAAGAAGAACAUGCUUCAUGGAAUUACAAAGCCUCCGCAAACGAGCCAUUGCAGCCAAAAAAUACCUCUCACAUUUUCAAAUCGCCCGAUGAUCUGCAACUUUUCCAUUUCACCAGAUUUUUCUACAAGUGUUACUUCUCAAUCUGAGCAAGUGGACUCGGACGAGGACAGUUACACAAGCGAUUGCUCUGCCAUGAUCAGCCCUGAAACUGAAACUGAUCUCGGAGAUCCGUCAAACCUGGAAGAGUCCCGUGCUACGGAGAAAGAUUGCAAAAACUUUGAGUAUCUCGUGUCAGACCCGAGCUGGACAAUUGAGACUUCGCAUCCAUUGAUGAGAGAACUAUUGAGCCGAAAACAGUGUACACAAUUGUGUACCAAAGCAGCUACGCAGGCAUUUUAUUGUCUGCUCUGUUGUGACCUACUCCCGAACAUUGAGAGUGCAAAAAAGCAUGCUUCCGACGAGACCCACUUGGGUUCCUUAAGCAAAUACGGAACCAAUUCCAUUUUAAUGGACCCAACGGGAACAUAUCAUUGCGGGUAUUGCGACAGUAAUAAAAAUGAUUUGGCAAAAAUGUACCACCAUUUGAUAAGCGAUGGACACCUCAAGAGGGUUGUCAAAUGUAAUCAACUAGAGCAUGCCCAAGCUAUUCUCACUCAAUCAGACAAUCAAUCAGAGGAAAUAAAAACGAAUGAUCAUCAUGACAUGCGACCAAAUUUCAAAGAUCUCGAUGGAAUUUUUAACAGUUCCUCGUCCAUGUCUGCUCAAUUGACCUCAUCCCGUAGAGACUCGAAGUCAUCCGACAAGGAUUCCCCCGGUAAUAGCAAACCUGAGUUAUCACUAAAUUCACAAAAAAUCAGUCCUGGAUCAUAUUCGCCGCUACCAGUUCUAGAUUGGGUACUCGAAACCUCACAACCAUUGUUCAAUCGCAUAUUCUCUUUAAAACUCUGCAAGAAAUUGGCUAUAGACGUGGAGACCCAAUUGUAUUACUGUCUCAUUUGUUCGAAUGGAUUUCAUGACAAGGAAACGGCUGAAAAACAUGUUACAGGGGAAGACCACGCGAAAACCAUGCAAAAACUCGGAUGCGAUAGGAUCGUGCUGCUCGAAACCGGCGGAUAUCACUGCACGUGCUGCGAUCGGCGAAAAAACGGUUUUAAGGAAAUCUACGAACAUUUACUGAGCGACGGACAUGCCAAGCGGCUCAGCCAAGGUCCAGACAACGGACAAUCUGCGCCCGUCCCAUCGGACAAUCAGUCGGAUGAAGCGAGACCCCAAAAUUCCGGUGUCUCGCCGCCGCGUCACGAGGUUACCAUUGAAGUGAAAUCCAUGAAAUCUGAUAAGGAAAGUAGCGAUUUAGAAUUCCUCCAGAGAGACUUGAAUUGGAUUAUCGAAGUCCCGGUAAACGUUGGAAAGCUGUUUACUCACGCGAACGAAGGUACGCUCUAUUGCCUCUUAUGUUCAGAAUAUUUUUGCAACAUUAAGGUUGCAAGGAAGCAUGUUUCCGACCAAUGCCAUGUGAACUCCAUGAAAAGGUACGGAUGCGAUUUCAUCGUGUUGAAUGAAACGGGAGACUAUCAUUGCACGUGUUGCGAUAAGCGGAUUCAAAAUCGGGAUGUCAUCUUGGGACAUUCAACAAGCAGCUCACACCGCAAAAAGCUUCGUAAAAUUAACCAACGAAACAAGGAUCGGAAGAUCUCUGAUGAUGCGGAAAGAGAAUUGAAUGGCACUAGAACCAAUGACGAUGACGUUUUCCAAUCGACUUCCAAAGAUUUCGAAGAAUUUUCGAACCUGCGGUCUCCGUCGAGCGAUAAAUCAUUGUCAGCCAAUUCGCUUUCACUGUUAAGAGAGAGUUCUCGCAAUAACGACGAAAGUUUGCCAAAAAUCGAGCCGAGACCGUUGCCCAAUUUUGCGGAAAAUGAAACAGACAAGAAUUUCGAUUUUCGUGAUGAGGACUUGAACUGGGUUGUCGGAUAUUUGCAUCCGUUGUACGGAUCAGGGAAGAGAAAAAAUCUUGAGAGCGAAUUGGCCAAAAGUUCGAAAAAGUCUUACUGUCUCAUUUGUCCGGCUUAUUUUUCCAGGCUCCAAACGGCAUUGACACACAUUUCCAGUUCGAAACACACCACUUCAAUGGAACAACGCGGAUGUCAUUACAUCGAGGUGACUGCUCAAUCCAAGUAUCGUUGCACUUGUUGCAAUACCAAAGGAAAAGACUUUCAGAAAAUCUAUUCGCACGUGAUGAGCGAGGGUCACAAAAAAAAGUCUGACGAAACGAAUCGGAUUAACGGUCGACAACCAGCUGUCGAAUUCGUAGAAAAUAAUCCGAAUACGAUGAAAGAAAACGAUGCUGGAAACUCAACAGCGGCCACGAUCCUCGGUGGAAACUUGAAAUUCCGCGAGACCGAUUUGAAUUGGGUGGUAAGUCGAACGCACUCGUUGUGUAAAAAAAAACUUGCAAAGAAUGAGGAUGGAGAAUUGUUUUACUGUCUCCUUUGUAAAUUUCCGAACAACGGCGAUGGGUUCGACGUCGAUGCCGCGAAAAAUCAUAUUUCUAGUGACAUGCACGCAGGUUCGAUGGAAAAAUACGGAUCCUUCUGCAUCGAACUGACCUCGAAAUUCAGGUAUAAUUGCGUAUGCUGCAAUCGACAGAAAGGUUCCUUUGCUAAGAUCUACGGUCAUGUAACGAGCCCAGGACACGUCCGACAGUUGCAGAAAUUCAAGCGAAAAGAUGGCGAGCAAAGUAUCUCCGUUAAUGCGAUAAAUAGACCGAGCGAGGUUAGCCUCAAUGACGGUACCGUGGAGCAAGCGGUCAGCGAAGGUUCGAAUUCAUCGCGCGUAAAUUCGUCAGCACUGAUAGAAGCUACGAGGAGCGAGAACGAAAGCAACAACUGUUUUGCCUCGAAGGUCUCUGAAACCGCUUCCAUGUCGUCGCAGCCUCCGAAAAUCUUUCCGAUCACCGAGGGCACAGCCGAGAACUUGGAUUUUCUCAAAACCGAUUUUAUGUGGGUGGUUGACAGUUCUCAUUCGUCGUUCAAGAAACAGACGGCCAAAGGGCCACACGAAAAAGAGUGCGAAACCACCGCAGGCCAAUUGUUCUAUUGUCGCUUAUGUAUUUGCCUUUUGCCAGACCCAGCGAGCGUGAGAAAUCAUAUUGGCAGUGCAGGCCACGCGCACUUGAAGAGAAAGCAUGGAUGCUGUUAUAUCAAAUUAAUUGAGAAAUUCAAGUAUCUUUGCAUGUGUUGCAACCGGCGCAAAAGAACCGAUUCCAAGAUGUUCAGUCAUGCUAUGAGCAAAACACACGUCGAACGUGUACGCGAAAUGGCUCUAGAUAAUCCUGUCGUUUUUGAAGAAGAUCAAACGAACGAGAAGAACAUCAAGGAGAGCAAUUCGGAGCAGCUAAUUAUGGAGAAAACGAACGAAUUACUCACCGAAUUGUCACUGAUGAAAGAGGCUUCGAAUAACGAGAGCAAAUCAGUUGGGUCGCCUUCGAAUCCCCACAAAAACGAUUCUCAACCGUCAGCAGGUCAGAAAGUCUCUCCACCGUCCAGGAAACCAGUCAAAGAUUUAGAUUAUCUCUCAAGAGAUUUCAACUGGGUGAUUGACAGUUCCCACGCAUUUUUCAAGAAGCAAGUUGUCAAAAAAUCUGAUUUUUUUUCCAGUGACGAGGGAGGUGAAUGGUUCUACUGUCUCAUUUGCUCUUGGCCGAACUACGGCGAUGCUUUCGACCUUGAAACCGCAAAACUUCACAUUCGCAGUAAAGAGCACGCACUUUCAAUGGACAAACAUGCAUGUAGAAAUAUUGAGGUGACUUGGAAUCCCAAGUAUCAAUGCUCGUGCUGCGAUCGUCGAGUGGAUACUUUAGGUCAAAUCUACGAUCACAUAAAGAACUCUAGACACGUCAAUCGUCUUCACGAUCACAGGCUACUUCAAAAAGAGCGAUCGAGCGUUAAACUCGAGGCAACCGAAUUUUCACAGGAUGAGAGACCUGAAAACCUGCAUUUUUUCAGGAGAGACUUGGAUUGGGUGAUCAGCGGCCCUUUCAAAGGGUUUAAAAAACGAUAUGGCAAGAUUUGUGAUAAAAAUAUUGUUAACGACGCAGGAGAUCAGAGGUCCCAUUGCCUCGUAUGUUCUGUUGAUUUUCUCGAUGCCACAGUUAGAGAAAAACAUAUUUUGAGCGAAGAACACACGGAUUCGAUCAAGCGAUACGGAUAUGAUUUCGUUGGUGUAACCUACUUUCCCAUUUAUCGUUGUAGAUGCUGCAAUCUUAUUGAACGUGAAUUAGAAGGCCUCCACUGUCAUAUAAUGAGUAACUUACAUGCCAAAACGGUCCGUGAAUUGGCAGCACUUUGCUCUCAACAAUCAAUGGGAGAACCUGAAGUCGUGUGUGGGGACAGAGGACCGCGCCAAGUUACGAAUGGUAGAAAAGAAAAGUCACCAUUUGCGGAACAACUUGGAGCAUUUUCAUUCGACUGGCCGCCGCCACCACCACCGCGUGAGAAUUUGGUAAAGUCUUACGGAAAAGUGUCAGUAUCUAAUGAGAUUUUGCCCGUUGCUAAAAGCGAGUCGAACGACUGGUUCUCUCGAAAUUUUCCUAAAAUUAAAUUGGCGCCUCCGACGCAGCGGGUGCUCGAUAAAACCAGUGAGAGUUUUGAAUUCCACGACGAAGAUCUCAACUGGGUGGUUCAUAGCACGCAUUCGUUGUACAAAGUGGAGAAGCCGAGAAAUCUUCUUGAGAAAGCGACGAAAAGUAUGGAAAAACGGUUGUUCUACUGCCUCGUUUGUUUCGAGAAUUUUUCCAGCAUUGAAAACGUCACGAUACAUAUUUCUUGCGAGGAACACGGGAACGCCAUGAAACAAUUGGGAUGUCACUUCAUCGAGGUGUUACCAGGGUCCAAAUACCAUUGCGUCUGUUGCAAUCGUCAGAAAAAUGAGUUUUACAAAAUCUACAACCACGUCAUGAGCGAGACGCACAUGAACCGCCUCUGUGAGAUCAAUGGGGAGACCGAUGGGUCUCCUGCCCUCGAGCUCGUCGCAGAUAAAUCGACCGACGAUGGGAAGAGCGAUAAUGCUGUUGGGCCAGGACAUUCGGACCAGUUGCAGUCAUUUUCUACGGAUUGGCCGACUCCUUCGGAAAAACCGUUCGCACCGGAGGAAAACGCGACUCCAAAUGGUGAAGCUUCGACUUCGUCGCUCGUCGUCGCGUCUUGCAUAUUUGUCAGUAAAAAGAAUGCAAAAAAGUCUUUUUGCCAUAUUUGUGCGGACAGUGAAUUGGGAGUAGCGACGAAAAAUUUGGAGGAGCACAUCAAUUCUAUGCGCCACAAGUUGUCGUUGAAGAGGCACGGUUGUGACAACAUUGAGACCCGAGAAGACGGUGGCUAUCGUUGUGUCUGCUGCGAUUCCGAAAUAUCUUCUCUCCAGAACGUUUACCUUCACGUAAAGGACAAAAAACACAUGAGCUCGUUGAUCAAGGCGAAGCCGGAGUCGAGACGCCUUAAAAAAGUCACGCGAAAUAGGAGUCCCGAGAGCACUGGUAAAGUCACUGGAAAAGCUUUAUUGAGCGACUUCAUUGGGAAAAAAAUGGAGCGUCGGGACGAAAGGGACGAGAACGAUCUGUACGAGUUGGUCGAUUCUUCGCAGCGAUACAACAUGCUGCCUAGAUACUCGGGCAACGUCAAAAUUGACAUGGAAAAAUGCCACUCUAUUCCUGGCCGAUUGGACAACUCGAACCAACCGCUGCUCAACUCCAUGCUUGUCUCAAUGGCCGGCGAAUUGUCGCGGCUAAACAACCAGAUUGAAAACACCGAGAGGUACAAAGAUUUGCCCGAUUGGCUGAAUUUCCGGGCUGAUAGAAGCAGACAGAUUGCGACGAAAACUAUACCUUGUGAUUUUUGCAAUCACAAGGUCGCAACUCGUACCGAUCUCCACGCUCACAUGGCUAAACACGUCAGUGAAGAACUCAUUGCCAUGAAUAAUUCACGACUACAAAAUGGAAGUGUCUCUGAGAAUAAUUGCUACUCGAGCGAAUUUAUCGAACCAGAACAUUUCGAAUCAUCGAAUCAAACAAUCGAUUCUCGUGGCUCUCCGAAAGAGCUUACGGAUUCCUCAAAGUUCGAUCAAUCGCUGAAUGAAUUCAGUGAAUCUUCGUCGGAUUCGGAUGACGAACUGGGGUACGAAGAAAGUCAGGAGAACGAUCCGGCAUCCGAACGAGAUUUGAAAGAAUUUUUGGAAAAUGCGAUGAAGGUCUCAAGAUCAACGAAAAAAGUGGAUUUCAAGGACGUCAUAGCAAAAUUGAAUUUCAAACACAAUCAUAUUUACGAUUUAGACGACAAACUGACCGAUCUCCAACGAGGAUUAAGAAUGUCCGUAAUAAUCGACAACGAGACGAUUUAUUGUUUGGUAUGUCGUGUCCGAGUGUCGAAUACAUUGAAAGAUUAUUACGCCCAUUUGUGGAGCCUCGAUCACUGCAAUUAUUUGGAUGUGAUGGAGAACGAUGCCGAAGCAUUUGCUGAUUUUCCAGAUCAGUUCAGCGACCUCGAGCUCGCCCACGAAUAUAUGGAAGAGAUCAGUGACAGUACGGUCCGUUGUUAUCUAUGCAAUAAGAGCGUCGCGAACGAGGACGAAUAUUUGAGGGAUCACAUUAAGGAAACUGGACAUGUGCGUGCGUGCGCUCUUAUGCAUUUAAACGCUUCGGCGCGUUUCGAGUCCAUGAAAGGCUUCCUGAAAUGCGAUUGGUACGGGGUCGAGCGCUAUUCCUGCUUCGCGUGCAGAGUCCACCAACACUCCGAAGUCCGCUUCAUGAGGCACUUGAACAGUCAGAGACACUCGAAAAUAAUGCUCAAAUCACCGAAUUUCGAAAGAAAAAUGCUCUUCGAUUUUUGUCCCAGCUGCGCGGUUCUUUGGUACGGUUACAGAUCCUCAUACUCUCAUCAUGUUAACGAGGUAGACUCGCACCAGUGGCUCGCGAAUGAUGGAUAUUAUUUCAUGCGUGACAUCCCGAAACUUGCUCAACAACUAGUCGGACAACCGGAGAACUGGGCCGACCGAACGAUUCGCCAUCUCGAUGCAAUUAAGGCCGACGAAGCCUCCAAGGUAGAUGAUCUCAUUGAUGAUCUUCAGAGAAUCGUAAGAUUAACAUUCCCAUGCGCCAAGGCUUACCCCUUUGGCUCCAGAGUCAGCGGCUUGUACUUUGAAGACAGUGACAUCGAUGUUUUUCUCGACUGUCGCAAUGUUUACGAUGGACAAGACACCUCGGAAUCGAUUACGUUGUACUUCAUCAAUAACGUUCACAAAUGCUUGAGCAGAAACCCAGAAACUUGGGACAUCCACGAAGUUUUGACCCAUUGUCGCUCGCCCAUCAUACGUACCUAUCACAGACCGACCGGAUUGUCGUGUGAUAUUUCUUUCGAUAAUGGUCUCUGCGUUGAGAAAACCAAACUCAUUAAACGGAUCGUCGAGGUUUAUCCCGCAUUUCGAAAAUUGAUAGUCGUCCUAAAAUUGUGGUUGGCGUAUUGCGAUUUGGCAGGAUCUGAGCGUAUCACGCACAAUAGCCUUUAUUGGCUAGUCAUUUUUUAUUUACAAAAUGAGAUGAUACUACCAAACAUCGCAACUUUGAUAUCGAUGAAAAACAAAUCCAAAAUCAUUGCGGGUUGCGAAGUCGGAGUUUCUUACAACUUCGAUCAAUGGGAAUCGGGUGGAAGCUCGAGCGUGAAACAUUUGCUCGAGCGUUUUUUCACUUUCUACGCGAAUUUUGAUUUCCGUUAUGACGUUGCGUGCCCCCUGCUUGGCACAGCAAUAAAUAAACAUAAUUUCUUUUAUCUUGAAUCUUUGCCGGAAGAAAUGAACAUGUACGUCAGGUACAUAAAAAAAUCAAGAAAAGCGGAAAUGUUUAGAGUCGAUUCUCCAAUGUGCAUUCAAGACCCUUUCGAUUUACCACACAAUGUUACAAAAGCUGUGAGAAAAAAUAUUCUCAAUCGUUUCCGCACUUGUUGCUUGAAAUCUUUGAACUUCAUGGCCCCCUCGUAAGCUAACGGACGAAAUUGAUCUUCAUUUAUUCGUCGAUCGAAAAAAUGACUUUAUCGUGGUAAUUUAUGUUAAAAGUUCUCAAAUUUCAAGAAUUUUCUCGCGAUUAUUUUUAAUUCAUAAGUUAUAAAACCAAAAGAUUCUUCUGUAAAUCCUCUCAUUUUAUGUCGAUCUGCCGUUCUCUUACGGCACGAAAGACGAUUCAAAUAUAUAUUGCGUUUCAUCUAGAUGGUCUACGCAGUUUUAUCAGUUUUUCGAUUAUUUUAUCGACAUGUAUUUAAGCUUUGAGAAGAAACAAAAAUUGAACAUGUCGCAGAGUAUUUGUUUUUUUUUCUUUUCUUUCAUUUCAUUUGUACGCAGAUAUUGAUUCGGCCAGGUUGAAACAUACUGAUUUUUUAUGCCUACUACUGCGUAUAUGCAUUAUUAAAAUAGUCACAUUUCGUGACAAAGAUAUCGACAGAACUAUUUUGCUACAUCUUUUGGCUAUGUACGGUUUAAUUUUAAUUCUAUGGUUUGUCGGUUGUUUAAAUGUAAGUUACUAAGUUGGAGCUGUGAUAACUUCAACAAUAUUUUUUGAAAACAUUUGUGAUACUUCGCUCGCUGUUGAAAUUAUUAUCGAAAAAUGAGCAAUGACCAUAAACUUGAGAAACUCACAAAAAAAUGACAGAGACAUUCUUUUAUUGUUUUCGUUUAACUGAUUUCUCCGAUUUUCUUCGAAUUUUUUUUUUCACAUAAUUCUACUUUUAUUUCGUUUAUUACUUAUUUGAUUUCAGGAACUUGGAUUAAUGCGACUUUUUUUUUACUCUGUCAUACUUCAAUUUUUAUUAUUUCUUUUUUUCUAUGCUUCGAUAAUAAUUUUGCCGCGAGUGAUGCAACGCCAAAUAGAAUAUUUUUCUAUGAACCAUUAUGCGGGAAAUUCGUCGUCGAACGAUAGAUUUAAGAAAAGAAUAAUAAGCAGGCUGGAUAAACUGCUGUUGUAUCUGUUGAAAACUUAAAAAAUAAAAUAAAAAUAAAAGUUCUACUAAUAAA